AUGCUUUUGAAGCGAGCACACAGUAUCUUAAGCAACAACACAACACAAGUAGUGGAACCACCAUCCACACUUGCAGAAGAAGAAGAACCCCUUCCUGGAGAGUUGGUUCUCAUUGAAAAGACUGAACCAGAUGGAACAGUUGAAGAAAUAAUUUUUUCUUCUGGUGGAGAUGUUGAUGUGUAUGAUCUUCAAUCCCUCUGUGAUAAGGAGAAAGGAAUGGAAAGUGGUUGCUUUCCUGUGUUUGGGAAGCACAAACUCAGGAAGCACUUUCCUGACAAACGGGAAGAUAGAUGGGAAAUCCGUGUAAUGUUGAGGUUGAAAUUUUGGGGUUGUCUCAUUGCUCUGGCUUGUUCUUGGUUCUUCCUAGUUGCAGUGGCACAAGUUACAAAUCCUUCUGAAGUUGAUGCAUUGAGGGCAGUGAAGGGUAGUUUGAUUGAUCCCAUGAAGCAUUUGAGGAAUUGGGACAAAGGGGAUCCAUGUAUAGCGAAUUGGACCGGAGUUUUGUGUUUCGGUGAUGUGUUGGUUUAUGAGUUCAUGCCUAAUGGUACCUUACGUGACUGGCUUUCUGAUAAAAUCAAGGGAAGCCUGGACUUCAGUAUGAGGUUACGUAUUGCAUUGGGUUCAGCCAAAGGAAUUCUUUAUCUCCAUACCGAGGCGAAUCCUCCUAUAUUUCACCGAGAUAUUAAAGCCACCAACAUACUUUUGGACUCCAACUAUACUGCUAAGGUGGCUGAUUUUGGACUCUCACGACUUGCUCCUGUCCAGGAUGAUGAAGGGACUGGCCCUGGAUACGUAUCUACAGUUGUGAGAGGAACACCGGGCUACCUGGAUCCAGAGUAUUUCUUGACCAGUCAGUUAACAGACAAAAGCGAUGUCUAUAGCCUUGGAAUUGUGUUCCUGGAGCUCUUGACUGGUGUGCUGCCAAUAUCACAUGGCAAAAACAUUGUUCGGGAGGUAAAUAUGGCUCAUCAGUCGGGCUUAAUGUUCUCCAUUAUAGAUACCAGAAUGGGUUCAUAUCCAUCUGAAUGUGUCGAGAGGUUUGUAGCUUUGGCCCUCAGAUGUUGCCAAGAUAAACAAGACGACCGGCCAUCAAUGUUAGAUGUGGUGAGGGAGCUUGAAAACAUCAUCAAAAUUAUGCCGGGAGCUGAUACAAUAUUUUCAUCAUCUGGUUCCUCGUACAAUGAAAAAUCACCAACUUCUUCGACUUUUACUGGGGACCCGUAUAUGUGCUCCUCCAGUGUCCAAGGAAGUGAUCUAAACAGUGGUGUAGUCCCUACUAUCUUGCCUCGAUGA